AUGGACGCGACAGCAGAAGCUAGCAGCGCAGAAGGAGCACGCCACGGCGCCGAGCAACGAACAGAUGACCAGCCGGAGAAGGUGUCGUUGCUCGGCAUGCUCAGGUACGCCGACCGCCUCGACAUGCUGCUCAUGGUGAUCGGCUCGCUGGGGGCGGUGGGGAACGGCGCAUCGGGGUCCCUCCUAUUGGUCCUCUAUGGAGACGCCAUCAACUCCUUCGGCGAGAGCACCACCAGCACCGUCCUCCCCGCCGUCACCAAGGUUGUUCUCAACUUCAUAUAUUUGGGCAUUGGGACAGCAGUUGCUUCCUUUCUUCAGAUGUCAUGCUGGGCAAUGUCAGGAGAAAGGCAGUCAGCCCGCAUCCGUUCUUUGUACCUGAAAUCAGUUUUGAGGCAAGAUAUUGCAUUCUUCGACACAGAAAUGACAACUGGUGAAGCAGUUUCAAGAAUGUCUAGCGAUACGGUCAUAAUUCAAGAUGCUCUUGGUGAGAAGGCAGCGAAGCUUAUACAAACCGUAUCUGCCUUCUUUGGGGGUUUUAUCGUAGCAUUCACAAAAGGCUGGCUCCUCACUCUUGUCAUGCUAACAUCACUACCAUUAGUUGCUAUCGCUGGUGCAGUGUCUGCACAACUGCUAACUGGGGUUUCUAGCAAGCGACUAACAUCGUAUAGUGAUGCUGCAGACACAGUUGUGUCCUUCAAUGGCGAGAAGAAAGCUAUAGAAAUGUAUAACAAAUUCAAUAAAAAUGCAUACAAGACUGCUGUUGAGGAAGGCCUCGUCAAUGGUUUUGGCAUGGGCUCUGUCUUCUGCAUCAUAUUGAGCAGCUAUGGUCUAGGCUUCUGGUAUGGUGGAAAGCUAAUCCUUGACAAAGGAUACACUGGAGGGAAGAUCAUCACUGUUUUGUUUGCCGUUGUGUCCUUCAAUGGCGAGAAGAAAGCUAUAGAAAUGUAUAACAAAUUCAAUAAAAAUGCAUACAAGACUGCUGUUGAGGAAGGCCUCGUCAAUGGUUUUGGCAUGGGCUCUGUCUUCUGCAUCAUAUUGAGCAGCUAUGGUCUAGGCUUCUGGUAUGGUGGAAAGCUAAUCCUUGACAAAGGAUACACUGGAGGGAAGAUCAUCACUGUUUUGUUCGCCGUAUUAACUGGCGCAAACAAUAGCAAUAGACACUCCUUCAAGAACCCCUCAGGACUAUCACUUGAGUUGCAUGAGGAUGCAAUCACAGGUGAACAGGACAAAGAGGGCCUUCCCGAUCAGAAGACCCUUCAGAAAGCAGCAGCUGGACGACUUUUUUAUCUUAACAAGCCAGAGUUACCGUUUCUUCUGCUCGGCACUAUAGCAGCAUCGGUGCAUGGAAUCAUUUUUCCAUUGUAUGGCCUACUAAUAUCUGGCGGUCUAAAAUCAUUCUACGAGCCACCAGAUAAGAUGCGAAAAGAUUCUAGCUUUUGGGCAUUGAUAUUUGUAGUUCUGGGGUUUGCAUCUUUCAUUGCAAUCAUAGCAGAAUAUCUUUUGUUUGCAAUUGCUGGUGGCAAGCUUAUAGAGCGUGUUCGUACUCUGUCAUUUCAAAAUAUUGUGCAUCAGGAAGUUGCUUGGUUUGAUAAUCCCUCAAAUUCCAGUGGUGCACUUGGUACACGACUCUCAAUUGACGCAUUAAAUGUUCGGCGCUUAGUAGGAGAUAACCUGGGCCUUAUAGUGCAGUCUAUAGCUUCACUAAUAGCUGGCUUUGUCAUCGCUUUUAUGGCAGACUGGAGGCUUGCACUGAUUAUCACUUGUGUCAUUCCUUUAUUGGGUGCACAGGGUUAUGCUCAAGCGAAGUUCUUGAAGGGGUUUGGUGAAGAAGCUAAGGAGAUGUAUGAAGAUGCAAGUCAAGUUGCAACUGACGCUGUUGGUAGUAUCAGAACUAUAGCAUCUUUCUGUGCAGAGAAAAGAGUGGUUACAACAUAUAACAAGAAAUGUAAAGCUUUAAGGAAACAGGGCAUUCGAAGUGGAAUCGUUGGAGGGCUUGGUUUUGGUUUCUCGUUCUUGGUGUUGUAUUUGACAUUUGCUCUAUGUUUCUAUGUUGGUGCACAGUUUAUACGUCAAGGAAAAUCUAGUUUCGCAGAUGUUUUCAAAGUUUUCCUUGUCUUAGUUUUGGCAACUCUUGGGGUUUCGCAGGCAAGUGCAUUGGCAUCUAAUGCGACAAAAGCAAAGGAUUCAACCAUUACUGUUUUCAGUAUUCUAGAUCGGAAGUCAAAAAUCGAUACAAGUAGCGAUGAGGGCAUGAUGCUGGAAAAUGUCACAGGCGACAUUGAUUUCAGUAAUGUUAGUUUCAAGUACCCAUCACGCCCUGAUGUCCAAAUAUUCAGUGACUUCACAUUGCACAUUCCUUCCAGAAAGACCAUAGCACUAGUUGGAGAGAGUGGUAGUGGCAAGUCCACAAUAAUUUCUUUACUGGAGCGUUUCUACGAUCCUGAUUCUGGUAGUAUCUCAGUAGAUGGAGUUGAGAUUAAGAGCUUGAGAAUUAGCUGGUUAAGGCAUCAGAUGGGUCUGGUAGGCCAGGAGCUAGUGCUUUUCAACGACACAAUCCGCGCAAACAUAACAUACGGGGAACACGGGGAGGUGACAGAGGAAGAGGUUACGGGUGUGGCCAAAGCAGCAAAUGCUCAUGAGUUUAUCUCAAGCUUGCCACAGGGAUACAACACUCUGGUUGGCGAGAAAGGAGUGCAACUAUCUGGUGGACAGAAGCAACGGGUAGCCAUCACAAGGGCCAUUAUAAAGGACCCGAAGAUACUACUGCUUGACGAGGCGACCAGCGCCCUCGACGCGGAAUCAGAGCACAUCGUUCAAGAUGCAUUGGAUCGAGUCAUGGUGAGUAGGACCACCAUAGUGGUGGCGCACCGCCUCUCCACAAUCAAAGGGGCUGAUGCGAUUGCAGUCCUCAAGGAAGGCAAAAUUGCAGAAAAGCGAAAUCAUGAGGUCCUGAUGCGGAUCAAGGACGGAGUCUAUGCUUCGCUAGUAGAACUUUGCUCAAAUUCUAAGUAGAACUGUGUAUAUUACAUUAACUAUUUUCCUUUUGAUUCUUACUACAUCUGUUUGUUCCUAGUACAAUUAUUUUGCCAGGCAAUAUAGUGAUUUGUGAUCUGAGAAGUGAAUGCAAGAAGUUACCCGUAUGCAAGCCGACAUCAAUAAAUAAUUGCUUUUA